UACACUCCAACACAUAAACUUCCAUGUCAGUAAAAAAAAUUUGAUAAGAUUUCCGUUUAAAAACUUACCAGUAAACUGUUCCAGAGCUAACUCCACACUUAUCUGGUCCUUGUAUAUGUUAGGUAGACUUCUGUAUAAAUUUUUUACUGUUUCAAAUUCAGUAAAUUCCUCCUUGAUGUGACCCUUUUGGGCCAACUCAGUCUCGUCUUCCAUAGUCAUCCCUGGGGUCGCCAUGUUUUCGGUUAUGCAAUAGAGCUAGUACCGUACGUACCAUACAGUGCGACGGCGAGGCACCCCCUCGCUGCACGCACCCGUACCCCGGUACCCCCGGCCGCGCCCGUACUGCGCCCGCUACACUGCGCUUGAGUCACGUCAUGCAGGCUGACCAUAGUUUGUUUUAUCUCCUGCUAACUGAGUGAAGACUGCAUCUAAGCUGAACCUGAGUGAGCAAAAGUCGAGGAAGCAUCCAUCAUGACAAAUUCAAGAUGGCGACCAUCAGUUUGAGAUCACAAACACUAUCACUGUACAAAACGUUACUGAGAACAGCUCAGAGAUGGGAGGCCAGUUCUGGAGUACUGAGUGAGACCAAGUCUGAAAGGGAAUACAUCAAAGCAGAAACUAAAGAACUCUUCAGGAAAAAUAGACAACUUACAGAUGUUGAGGAGAUUAGGCUUUGCAUUCAAGAAGGAGAGUCCAGACUAGCAAUGGCUAUGCAUUACAGGACACCAUACCCCAGGCCUGUGAACAUUCCUUAUGGUGGACUCCCUCCCUCUACGAGCAAAGGCAAGAAAGCCCAAGUGAGACUACGCAAGCAGGCUAAGCCGGUUUACAUGAAAUCCCAUGAUGAAUAUUCAUGAGAAUUGUGAGGGAUGUGCUGAGAAUGGACGAAAAAAGAUUUGUACCCAUGUCUGAUGAAAAGAAUCAUCAUUCUGUAUGUAUGAAUUGAAUAUUUUAUUUCUGAACUUGAUAACAAAAUUUCAGGGCUUGCUUAUUUUAAUGUUGAAGCUGAAGUUUAGAAAUACUAUUCUACUAUGUUCAUCAAUUAUCCAGAAGAUCUGAAUAUACUUUCUAUUAAUUUUUGUGCAAUUUGACCCUUGAGUUGAUAAAAUUUUGGACAUGGCAGUCUUUUUAUUCUUGGGUAUGUUUGUUUGAGACUCAAGACUAAAACUCUAAUGUCACUUUUGAGGUUCAGAGACGUUUUCCACCAUGUAUGCCUCUUUAUACAUGUUUUUUUACUGAUUAGGAGGUACUAAAAGAAAAUAUACUUUUAAAAAGAGAGCUUAUUACCUUUGCUUCUAACAAGGACACUUUACCACUCAGAAAUUUUAUGCUGUAUUUGCAGCGUUGAUUAGAAACACGAUAAUGAUCAAAUUAUUGAGCAAUUAUAGUGAUUAUUGUAAUUACAACACCAUCUAAAUGUUGUUGCCCUUGUUAAAGCAAGUUCGUAAUGCCCAAUUGAAUAAAAGAACUGUUGAUCAUGCAAGCUUUGUUUGUUUUGCCCCAUGCUCAUGAUGAUGAUGAAGAUAAUUCACAGCACUGAUAUAACAUUAAAGCACAGCCUACAUUUUUUAUGUAGCUCCCUCCUAGAUCAAGAGAUCUUGAAUAACUACCUCUGUUUGAAACUAAUGAAGGGGAAUUCCCGCAAAUUGUUAUUGCAUCACACUGUUGGUCAAAAUUGAGCAAGAGAUGAUUAUUAGGGAUCCUGAUGCUCUGACAAAGGCUCUGUUAUGGCUCAUCUUCUGUUCAUUUCUUCUACGUGUAUGUGUGUUGUACAUAAGUUAACCUUUAUUCAUGAUCUGGUGAGAAAGUUGUAAAUUGUAAUAUUAGUUUUGAUACAUUUUGUUGUGCAAAGUAUUUCUAUUUCUAUUUCCUUUAUACAUUUUCCUUUCUCUUAACCGCUUAGAGGCAAUUUUUGCGAUUUUGCGGUCUAUAAAAUUGUUAUUAUUAUUAUUACAGAGUAUGUUGGUACUUAGUGUUGGUUGAGCAAAAUGUGUAAGACAAGGUAUUUUAGAGCUACCGAAAAUACUGCGGUCUCACUUGUAAAUUAGAUUUACAAGUAGUUGUGAAUCGAAUUAAAUUGUUACAAGUUGCCCCAAAGAUUCACAAGAUUGGAAUGAGACACAACAUAAUUGUCUAUUUUUAUGAAGUUACAGCGUGUCUUGUGGACUAUGUAAGUUUAGUGAGAUUAGGUUAUUUCAAUGACUCAGCAUUCAGAAUCACCCUUCAAUGUUUAAUAUAGAAAAUUUGGACUCGGUCAUUGUUUGACAAUGUAGAUUAUGUUAUCCUUGUUUCAUUGUUUGUAUAUGUCUCAGAAGUUAUUAUGAUAAUUCUAUUUUGAUUCAUUCAUCAUCAAUUUUGUCUACUUUGUGAUUUUUGUCAAAAGUUGGCCCUUUUACAUAAAAUACAUACCCAGUUGUUGUGUGUACGGACAAUCAAUUUUAAACAGCCAUUUGUUGGAAAAACUAUCAAGCAAAGUUUCAUCAGUUUUUAGUACGUAGUGUUAGGCAAUAUUAUGGAUCACAAAAUGGAAGAAGAUUACAACUAUUGUAUUCAUAUAUCUUGUGUACUUCAAAGAAAACAUAGAAGGCGUCGAAAUUUUAAAGUGUCUGGACACCGGGCCCCCAUCCUACUAUCAAUGGUAUUUUGGGUAUAAGCUGCAAUUACCAUGGUAUGGAAGUUAUUAUUAGUGGCAAGAUUCCACCAACAGUAAGUUUAAUUGAAAUGGGGUCUUUGUGUAAUGGAUACUGCAGAGUAGCGAGGUCUUUCCAAUCUUUUUAAAAGACUAUAAUAAAAAAAAUUGUUUGCAUCCAUUUGGUCUCAUGCCUAGAUGGGCAUUAAAUUUCCACUUUGUCUAUUUAAAUUCUUACUUUUUAUUCAUAUGUAUUUUUAAAAUAAAUGUUGGUUCAUGAACAGUUUAUUAAUUCAUAUAGACUGAUUGAUAUUAGAUAAAAUUGGUAUAGCCUAACUGGAAAUUAGAAAAAAAAAUUAUUGAUAACCUAGGUGACGAUUAGACCACAUGGUAAGUACUAAGUAGACAUACUGGUUGUAUACAAACUGUGAUUAGAACAUGUGGGAUGAUACCAAAUAGACCAAGUAAGUGAAGGCCCAGUGGGUAGCUAAAAACCCUCCAGAUUUCUUCGCAAAAUCUUGUUUCAUAUUUUUAUUGCCUCUAAUCCUCUAUGAUUAAUUGACAAUGAUCUUCCUGAUUUCUCAGUAAUUCUUUGAGUGGUGAUUAUAAAAGUUAAAGUAAGCUGUUGGAACCUUUAUUUGAUCAGCUUUUAUCCUUCAAAAUUGGCAAGAGCUAUAAUUUCUCACAUAUAGAGCUACAUUGUCCAUCCAUUCUGUGUACGAGAAUGUAAGAUAAUUAUGUAAAUAUUGUCUUUAGAAUUGAUUAAUUUGCCAGUUCAUGGAUUUUGUUGUGUUUGAAAGUUCAGGUAAAUUAAUUUGUUGAUUUGGAGGCCCAUUCCUUCUAAGGGAAUAAAAAAAGGUUUACUUUUAUGAAGAAAAAUAAUAACACAUGAUUUCACACAUUGAUUGAACAAAUUAAUUUAAUGGCAAUGUUUGCAGAUUGCAUACUAUUCAGGAUGUCAGUUGACUCAUAAAAGUACUUUGAUCAAUAGCUUAA